AUGCGUAGGUACUAAGGCAAUUGUCAUUUUUAUUUUACCCAGGCAGGCAGAUUGUUUUUCGAGAACGAAGACAAUCAACAAUGUCUUCUCAAUUAUCUGCUCUUGAGCUUCUUAAAUUAGGAGAUGAAGGAAGAGAAAAACCAUUUCUCAACAAAAUUUGGCCUCAAUUGCUGGGUGUAUUCUUUGGAGUCGGCAGCGCAGCUGCGAUAAACUUUGGCACGAGACGUCCUUUAUUCAGCGGUAUAUACAAACAUGUUUUGGGAGUUGGAGCAAUGACAACAAUCUUCACCUAUGUCCAAAACAGGCGCAAUGAGUACUAUGCAGAAAAAGAUGCUGUCUUGAGACAUUAUGUGGAAUUGCACCCAGAGGAUUUCCCUAUCAAACCUAGACAAACAAUUGGCGAAAUCAUGGAGCCCUGGGUACCAAUCCGAUAGAUAAUUACUUACUAGAAUUUGUAGAAUUUAAAAAAUGUUUAAUUUAUGAGUCUAUUAAAUAAUUACCACAUACAAA